GCCGUAGACUUUAGCGCAGCACCCGCCUGUAAUGAGUCCUGUGCUGCAAGGAAACAAACUUUCUGUUUGCUUGGCUUGGAGAACUAGUGUACAAUUCUGGCAGUGGUCACUUCAUCCUGCUGUACUAUAAACGAGGAAGGACAAAAUGUUAAAAGCUCUUACAGAACGCUACGAAGCGUUUUUUAAUCAGAAGAAUGUGGUAACGGAUUUUCUAGCGGUUUUAGAGGAAAAAACUGGAGUUCAGAAACAGUACAUUGCAACAGGUGCAGUAUCUAUUGUUGCACUCUAUCUGUUAUUUGGAUAUGGUGCCUCCCUUCUCUGCAACUUGAUUGGUUUUGCAUACCCAGCGUAUGCCUCCAUCAAAUCCAUUGAGAGUCACAGUAAAGAAGAUGACACCAAAUGGCUAACCUACUGGGUGGUUUAUGGACUCUUCAGUGUGGCUGAAUAUUUCUCUGAUAUCUUCCUCUUUUGGUUUCCCUUUUACUAUGCUGGGAAGUGCCUGUUUCUGCUGUGGUGCAUGGCUCCGGUCUCCUGGAAUGGCUCUCAGAUCAUAUACACACGUAUGGUGAGACCUUUCUUCCUCAAACAUGAAGCAGCAUUCGACAACGUUGUCAGCAACUUGAGUGGAAAGGCCAAGAGUGCAGCAGAGAAUGUGGCAAAGGAAGGCUUCACAUUGUUGAACAGUGAUAAAGAUAAAUGAUUCGAAGGUGGUGAUAUGAAGAAUCACUAUGCCAGGAGCCUUGUGUUUACAUUUGCCUUUUACUUUUGACUACCAUAUUGUUUUUCACUAACCCCACUGAAAUUAUUCAUCCUAACUACAUCUGAGCCAGGCAGCACAAUCACCCCAAAAAUGGCCCUUAAAUGUCCUUGAAUUUCUUAAAUGUCCACAAAUGUUCUUGGGAUACUAUUUAUUGUUCAUCCUAUAUUUUAGCACUUUGACCACUGAUAGAACUGUUUAAGUCACUGUCUUUUAAUAAAUAAAACUGGAAAGAUCUAUGCCUAAAUAUUAAACAUAUUGUCCAAUUA